CGCCCUGAGGGCUGGCUGAUGCAACGUGGCCACGCUUGCAAAUAGCCCGAGAGCCUGGAUUUGGGCUCCUCGUGCCACGGUGAAGCCGAUACGUCGGGAAUUCACAGGAACGGAGACUGCUGCACCACAGAAAUUUCAUUUCUGUGAAAUGAAUCCAGUGAAAUCCAGAAUCCAGUGAGCUUCUGUGAAAAAAUCCAGAAGCUGCAAAAACGGAGGAAGGUGGGCACACUGCCCUGAAACACAUUUGCCCACUGCAUUCUUGUGUGAUCCUAUGAAAAGCCUACUUCAUAGAUUUGCUUCUUGAAGAACAUCCUCCAGCAUGCGUAUAUAAAUAAAUCAUAUUACAUGUGCAGUUCAUUAAGCCAAAUAAAGUAUUUUUUCUCAUUUAAAAUUCUGCUAUUCAUGCACACAGUGACCCAAAACAAAUUUGAUAGGUUAUGACUAAAGACAGAUAAGUUCAUUGAAAUACGUGCUGAACAUAUCAUCAAAAACUUCUUGUAUUGUAUUAAUACUAUACAUGCACACAUAACACACAUACACAUUUUAUCUUUUCAGAUAUACUUAGGACAUGCUAGUGCCUCUGUAGUUGCAUGACAGUGUGAGGGCAAAAAGCUGUUUUCAGAUACUAAAUACCUGACGUAUGCGCAUACAUUUCCUAUCAAAUAAGGGAUCUAUUGUCAAUGUGCAAAGAUUCCAUACACUUAGAAGAGUGUAGUUAAGCUUUUUCUAGUGCUACACUUGAAGAAGAAGAAGAUCAGGGAAGAGGGAAAACUGCUGUGUACACUUCUAAUCUGCUGUGUACACUUCUAAUCAAGCAGAGACUAGUAUUUAGGUGUGUCAAAGGAACAUAAGUUCUACAUUCACAGUGUGUAUCCACAUAUUCAUUGGUGUGUUUGGUUGCACACACUCUCCCUUGAUGGAGAAAUCCAAAGCAGACCUAGAAGUAGCUGGAGAUCCUGAGGGUGAAUCCCAUCAAGAUCUUUUGUCUGAGGAACCAGAUGCCCGCCCUACCUGGGGAUCAAAAGCUCAGUAUAUUCUCGCCCAGGUUGGCUUUUCUGUUGGACUUGGCAACGUCUGGCGUUUCCCCUACCUGUGUCAUCAAAAUGGUGGAGGUUCCUUUCUGCUUUUAUACCUGCUGCUCCUCUUCAUCAUUGGAAUCCCUCUCUUCUUCCUGGAGCUGGCCGCUGGGCAGAUUAUCCGACAAGGCAGCAUUGGCGUCUGGAAACAUAUCAGCCCUCGCCUAGUAGGCAUCGGCUUUGCAAGCUGUGUGGUGUGUUCUUUUGUUGCCCUAUAUUAUAAUGUCAUCAUGGCAUGGAGUCUUUUCUACUUGGGUAAUUCUUUCCAGUUUCCCCUUCCGUGGAGUGAUUGCCCAGGAGCAGAAAACGAAACAGCUGCAGUCACAGAAUCUGAAUGCACGGACAGUUCUCCCACUAUCUAUUUCUGGAACCGAAAGGCCUUGCACAUUACCAACUCCAUAGAGGAGAGUGGGGGUCUUGACCCAGCCCUUACUGGCUGCCUCUUUGCUGCUUGGUUGCUGGUUUGUCUCGCCAUGAUCAAAGGCAUUAAAUCAUCAGGCAAGGUUCUGUAUUUCAGUUCUCUGUUCCCUUACUUGGUUCUCUUGUGCUUCCUAGUACGUGCUUUGCUGUUAGAAGGGGCAGUUGAUGGAAUCAAGAUCAUGUUCACCCCUACGCUGUCCAUUUGGGGAGAUAUGCAGGUCUGGCGUCAGGCAGCCACCCAGGUGUUCUUUGCUCUGGGCCUGGGCUUCGGCACCAUCAUUGCUUACUCCAGCUACAAUCCUCAGCAUAACAACUGUCACAUCGAUGGGUUGCUUGUGUCUGGCAUCAAUUUCCUUACCUCGGUGUUGGCCACACUGGUGGUUUUUGCCGUGCUGGGUUUCCGAGCCAAUGUAUUGGCACACAACUGUGUUGUAAGAAAUGCAGAUCUUUUGACAGAGCUGGUGAACAAUGGCUCCCUCUCGGCAUUGCUUCCUGCAAAUCUGUCUGAAUUUUCACCUGCUCAAUACAGCAAUUGGUAUCAGGAUCAAUGGAAUGAUACAAAGAAGCAAUUGCAGGAGUGGAAACUUGGUGACUGUCGUGUAGAAGAUGAAAUGAAUAAGGGUGUGGAAGGGACAGGCCUGGCCUUCAUCACCUUCACAGAAGCUAUGACCUUGUUUCCAACAGCCCCCUUCUGGUCUAUGCUGUUCUUCUUUAUGUUGCUCAAUUUAGGGCUGAGCACCAUGUUAGGUAACAUGCAAGGAAUCAUCACUCCUUUAUUGGACAACUUCCAAAGCCUCCAGCGUCGGCGGACACUCUUCACAGUCCUGUGCUGCAUGAUUGGAUUCUUGCUGGGCUUGAUUUUUGUUCAAGGCUCAGGCAACUAUUUUGUGACUAUGUUUGAUGACUAUUCAGCCACUCUGCCCCUGCUUAUUGUUGUAGCCGGCGAAGCUUUUGCCAUAGGCUGGGUCUAUGGAGCUGACAGGUUCUUGGAUGACAUAGAAAACAUGCUGGGCUGGCGGCCGUGGAAAAUCUACAGCUACAUGUGGCGCUUUGUGAGUCUGGCAGCAAUGUUGUGCCUGUUGCUAGCGAGUUUGGUGUACCUGGUCAUGAAACGCCCCACCUACACCGCCUGGAACCGAGAAAAGGCAGAGGAGGAACAGCUGGAAUACCCACCAUGGGCCUUGGGCCUUCUCAUUAGUCUGAUCAUUGUGGCUGCUCUACCCAUUCCAAUCAUGUUUCUUAGGCAGCUCUUGCUGGAUCGGUUUGCCCAACACAGCCACAACUCUGGCCAGAUACCUGUUCCCACCGAAGAAGAAGAUGGGGUGCAAGAAAAGGAAAGUCCAGCUGAUCUUGAUUACCCAGGCAAUGGUUACUUGCUUGUGCCUGCAGAAGAAAGGCAGGAAUAGAAUGGGUGAUGUACAGGUAGUCCUCGGCUUACAACCACAGUGGAGCCCAGAAUUUUGGUCAUAAGUCAUUGCUGUCAUAAAUUGAGGCAUCACAUGACCGAACUUGAUUUUAUGACCAUUUUACAACAAUCAUAAAGUGGGUCAAUCACAGUUAUUAAGUGAACCGGGGUCAUAAAACAAAUCUAGCAUAUAUCGGAUGGGCGUUUUUUGCCAUUUUUUUGCUAGAAAAUGGCAAAAAACCAUGGCAGAUUGUGGUCACAUGACCGAAAGCCGCUGCAACCGGUUAUACAAGCGAGUCAGUUGCCAAGCACUCAAAAUGCAAUCAUGUGACUCUAGCAGAGUGCGGCAGUCAUAACUUGGAGGAGGGUCAUAAAUAGCUUUUCUGAAGUCCAUCAUAACUUUCAGCAGUCAUUAAGCAGCUAUUUUGAAAUGCAUCGUAACUUUGAAAGGUUAUUGAGCGGCAAUUGUUAAGCGAGAACUACCUGUAUAGAAUGUUCAAUUUUCAGCACUCUCAGAGUCAUGCUCGUCCACACCUAUUCCAUUCAUAAUGGUGGAAUGGAACCUGAGUGGCUAUUGGUAGGGAGAGAAUUCCAAGCAAAGCAUUUAAAAACAAAAUCAAGUAUUUAAUGCUAAGCGCUUAUUCGUUAAAGCCUGAUUACCCAUUCCUAAAAGUUGAAUGUAUAUGAUCUAUGUGAUCACAGUGUACAGUAUAUUUUUUAAGGUUAAGAUGGGAGUGAGAGGGGGAAAAUAAUUUAAAAUGGAAAUUAGACUUCUUUAACCAAGUAGCAAAGUGUGAGGAAAGGGUUUCCAGAAGUCUUUUUUUAGCCCUUAAUGAUAGUCCUAUUGUGGGUCAUGUGAUUAAGAGGAAACAAAGCUUAGAUCAGUGGGCAACAUUCCAAGCUUCUGUCCCAACUAUAUCUCCCAAAGAGAUACACAGGGGAUUUUUCUGACAGUUUUUUUUUUUUAAUGCUGGCCUGAUCUGGAUCACUUUACAUUUGACCUUUCUUUUAUGGACGACUUCUCCCACACCAAAUUUGGUCUUAUUCUGCUGAUGAACAGGCAGAUAAAGUCCCAAGUCCCUUUACAUAGUAUCUUUGCAGUAUUUCAUUGGGUUGGAAAGAAUCAAAAAGUUAACAGUAACACAAUUGGUGUGUUUAAAAAAUUAAUAGGGCACUGUAAACAGUUGUAACUUUAAACAUUUUUUAAAAAUACAAAAGAAGACAAUUGUUAAGGAUAUCUAUAAAAGUGAAGAUUGCACUAUUAUUCCAUUCUUUUAAAAAAUCUGCCCUUCGUAUGAUCUUUGUGAGGACAGAAAAAACAUUUGGAAAACGUAACCAGCUUCCAAAUGGAUAGUUUGUCAUAUGAGCCCCCUUUUUCAAUAAAUGUGAAUGAACAACACACAACAAUUCCAUAUCAUCAUCUUGGAAGACACAUGACUUGUGCUGGAAGACAGUAAAAAUGAAAAAUGGAACGAUAAAGGACCUGUAAAUAAAAUAUAUUUAAGUGGACUCUCUUCACUUUGGUGAACCACCUUACAGUUUGAACGACUGUCAAAAGAGUGUUCUGUUCCCCAUGAAGGCAUCUUUAAAAAUUAUUGGUUGGACAAACUCUGACUGGAAAAUUACAGUUACUGGAUUUCAAGGCACUAUGCUCUCCAGUGAUCAGUGGUAAAAGGAAAUGAGGCCAUUAAAAAAUAUCAUGGCUAGACACCAUGAUAUAAAGUUCACACCAGCAAGAGCAUAGAACAAGAAAGAAACCAUACAAAACAGGAAAAUGCAGAGAUCGCUGGGAAUUCCUGAGAAUUGGACAUGAUUGAACAGAUAGCAGCAUCAUGUUCUGCCAAGAAAAUGAAAGAUCCAGGAAGAAAAGGCCUGAUGUCCAGGUGCAUUUGAUGCUAAAGCAUCUAUGUCUCACACUGGUAUGUGUUCCUCCCUAUUUCCCAAAAUUCAUUUUAGAUUGUAAGCUCCUCAAGAGCAACGUCCCACCUGAUAUCUGAUGACACUACAUCCUUUCAUGUUCUAAAGCAGUAUUCUCAACCUUGGCAGUGUUAAGAUAUGUGAACUGCAGCUCCCAGAAUUCUCCAGCCAGCCAUGCUGAUUGGCGACUUCUGGGACUAGAAGUCCACAUCUCUUAAAAGUUGCUGAGAUUGAGAAACAUUGUUUUAAACUAAUUUAGACUAAUCGUUACCACUGGUGACUUGGAAGAAGCUCUGGGUUGGGACCUCUUAGGAGGGUUGUUACAAAUUUUUUUUUUAAAAUUGGAAGAGCAAAGUGGUCAAAACAUUGCCAGCUAUGCUCCUUGUUUUAGAUGCACAAGCUGCUGUAAGCAGUUAUGGUGGUGCAGUUUGAGAACUCUCAGUUACUACUAGUGGUGUAUUUAUUCCUUGCAUAACCAAAUCAUAGCCUUACUUCUGUAUGAUUCUACUUCAGUGGGAAAUAAAGGGGAGGAUGGACUUUUCCAGUACUCUGUCAGAGAUUAUAGCUCAAAGAGCUAAAAGCUUUGGAGAAGUAGUCAACAGACUGCUUGUUUUAUAAUAUUCUCUAUGGGGAAUUACUGAACUUUUCAAUAGUUCAAUAAAUGAACUGUAUGUUGGGGUUUAAAUUUUGUUUUGAGGACUUCCCUAAUGCAGGGAAGAACAAAGCAAGUAAUUAAAACUCCACUGUUCUGACGACAGGUGUCAAUUUCUUAUGCGGGAACAGAACCUGAGGUCAACAAAUGAGCCUUAAAGAAGAAAACAUAUUUAAUUGUUUCCCCCUUUCUCUUCAAUAAAAGCUGUUUAGCACAAACAAUUGCAUUGUAUUAAAUUCCUGGGAUGGGAAAAUGUGUCUGAUUUCUAUCUUGGUUGAUUUAAACUUCUUUAUCAUACAUUAAAGAACUGCAGUGGCAAUAAAGAAUUAGGGAAGUUUUCCUUGUUCAAAUUAGGGCACUUAAAAACAUAGAUAUAGCUGUCACAAUUUAUUUCAUUUUAAUUGGGCAACCUAAGGACAUCUCAGUCACUCUUUGUGCUAUAAAAGUUCCAAAAUGUGGAACUGGUUGUUUCAGGGAUUUCGGAAUUCCCCAUUCAGAAUCAGAUUUCAUGAAAUGGUGUACCCCAAAUGGUUCAAAAUAUAAUAUUUUCCCUAUUGUGUCUGUUGCCUUGAAACUCAGACACCAGAGUUUGAUGUGGAGCUAAUAAGAACUUGAUCCCUGAAUUUGAGAGAGACACUUUUACCUUUGCAAAAGGGCUUCUUUGCCCACCUGAAAAUAUGAAUCAUCAAAAGUACAAAUCACCAAGUAAUUCAGGCAAAGCAAAAAGCAUUUAUUAAAUGAUGGUCAAGUCCUUUUAUGGGGUACAGAAACAAAUGACAAUUUAUUGUUAUAUGUUAUAAACAUUUAUUGUUAUAUGUUAUAAACAAUAAAAGACUUACACUUGCAAGUUUUAAGACAGGUACAAACCCAGCUGGAUUUAUGGGUUAUGUUACUCUUUCUCAGCUGGAUUUCUAUCUUAUAACAAUUGUAUGUGAGACUCGAAUAGAAAAUUCUAGACAACUAGAUACCAAAAGUGGCAAAUUUAUGGGUUGCACUUCAGCUGAGUUUGUAUCUUUCUUAAAACGUGUGGGUAUAUUCAAGAACUUUCAGAAUAUCCUGUCUUGUUUAGCAGCAAAAACACAAAUUCCUGAAUAUCAAAGAUGGUUUUGGCCAAAAAUAGAAAUAAAGUGUUUUUCUGAAGUUAAAAAAAAGGCCUAAACUGCCAUGUUAAAAGUGCUAGUAUCGCCUUUUUAAAAAUGCUGAAGCCCAAAAUUUCAGGUACCACAUAUAUGAUCCAUGUCGCUAAACUUACAUCACUUUUGAGUAUUUCAAAAUGGUCAAAAUAAAAUGGCAAUGCCGUACAGGAGCUGAUGUGACUACAUUUUCAGAUUUUUUUUUAAAAAAAAAUGAUUUUAAAAUAACCAGCUGCCUAUUCCAAUUGUGUAAACUCAUAAUGCAUGAAGGAAGUACAAAAACUGCAUUUGAUUUAAUGUAAUUGAAAUUAAAACAUAGUUGAUAUGUACCGAUAGAAGAGAAUAUUUGUAGCUCUGGGCAGAACUCUGGAGACUUCACUGUUCUCGGAGCUUGGUUUUCUUGCAGACAUUUCAUUACCAAACUAGGUAACAUCAUCAGUGCUAAAAGAGAGGAGUUUGCACCGGUGUUGCUAUACCCAGUUCAGUAAUAAAACAUCUACAAACAAACCACCAAGCUCAGAGAGCACCAAGGACCCCAUAGUUGAAAUUCCUCCAUAUUUUAUUUGUAGUAUUUGGAGAACUCUGCAAGUUAAUAAUCAUUUAAAUCCCUAAAACUUUAGGUUGUAUACCUUUGAUAUACUUGAUAUCCUAGUAAGGGUAACAAAUUAUUCAACUUUAGGGCAUCUAAAACUGAAAAAUCAGAAUCUAUGUUUUUAUUUGAUCCAGGAAGGAGAAACUUUUGAGUAUCUUUUCUUUCUGAUGGAGAAAAGUUAUUUAUGUAGUUGCUAAGUGUUGGCACCAACUUGAUAGCACAUCUAUUUCCUUCCAAACACCAGAUAAUUCUAAGCAAUUUGACUGCUGUUGUUUGUUUAUUAUUAAAUUCAUAUGCAACCCA